AUGAAACCAUACUUCCACUCCUCCCUCCUCCGCCGCCUCUCCCUCCUAAACCCCAACAAGCCCCUCUCCUCCCAACCAAACCCACUUCCUCCAACCCAAACCCAACUCCUCACCUCUCUCCUCUCCCACAAAUCCGACCCCAGUUCCGCUCUACACCUCUUCAAAACCAACCCAUCCUCUCUUCACUCCCUCCACACCGUCGCCGUCAUGCUCCACAUCUUAAUGCCCUUCCCGGAGACUCAUGCCCGCGCCAAAACCUUGCUUUACUCUUACGUUUCCGGCGGCUCCGGCCCUGCUCCGGCGCUGCUCGUCGACUCUCUGCUCGACUGCGCAAAGAGGUUUGAGUUUGAUUCAGUUUCUUCGCCGGUUUUUAGUUACUUGUUGAAUAGCUAUGUUAGAGCCGAUCGAAUAAGGGAUGCUGUUAACUGCUUGGAACGAAUGGUGGAGAUUGGGGUGUGUGGCAGUGUUGAAUGUAUGAACAUUGUGUUGAAGGCGUUGUUUCGGAGGAAUAUGUUUAAGGAAGCAAAGGAGUUGUAUGGUGGGAUGGUUGGGAGGGGAGUUGGUGGUGAUUGUGCUACAUUGCAUGUGAUGAUGCGUGUUUGUUUCAAGGAGGGGAAGCCAGGUGAGGCCGAGGAGUAUUUUCGGAAUGCCAGGGGGAGAGGGAUUGCUGCGGAUGGGGAGUUGUAUGAUGUGGCGAUCGGGGCUGCUUGUAUGAGUGGUGAUUUGUGUUUGGGGUUGGUGUUGUUGGAUGAGAUGAGGGAGAUGGGGUUGGUUCCGUCUGGGCGGAGUUAUACCGGUGUGAUUGGGGCUUGUGUGAAGAAGGGGGAUAUGAUGGAGGCGUUGAGGCGCAAGGAUGAGAUGGUGAGGUGUGGGGUGUCGAUUGAUUUGGUUGGUGCUACGAGCUUGAUGGAGGGGUAUUGUGCGCAAGGGAAGUUGGAUGCUGCUUUGGAUUUGUUUAAGAUGAUUAAGGAGGACGGGCUUGUUCCUAACAGAAGAACGUAUGCAACUGUGAUAGGAGGGUGCUGUAAGAACGGGAACAUGGACAAGGCAUAUGAGCUUUACACCCAAAUGACACAGAUGGGUGUUUUGCCUGAUGUUUUCAUUGCAAAUCAUUUGGGAGGGUAA